AUGCGAGGUCUCAUACUUCGACCACUCUUGGUGGCAUCUGGACUAGGACUGCUCAUAGGAGGGAGUCUGGGUGACGAAGAUCCUGCAGACCGCGACGCCAAAACGCUUGUCGCCUCUGACAUUUUCGAAAUGAUCCCGGCCGGCAAAGCUGGGUCAUGCUCCGGGAAAAAUGUCAACCAGCCUCUCCGGGACGCGGCGACAAUGGCCGACAAGGGCGUCGACGUUCUGGAGAAAUUCGUUCACAAUGUUAUGGCGAAUGAUAAGGAGAAGCAAGGCAUCCGAUAUGCAAACAUGGUCUAUUCUAUGUUUGGGGCGGCAUAUACAAUCGACGAGGACGAAGAGAGCUCCGACGACAGCUCCGACGACGGUUCGAGCGAUUAUGAGCCCAGCGGGGAAGAAAUCAGGUUCUACAAGGGUGGGAACAGGUUACAGGAAGCAUUGGAGAACUUCCAGGCCGUCCAAUUCAAAUUGAAAAACACCGAGCCUCAAGGAAAACUGAUGUGCGGCGAUGGCGACCUGAAAUUAGUCCGCACACUGGGCGAUCUUGGCUUGGAGCCUAACAACGAGCUGAUUUCGAAGAAAAAGAAAGACCACAAUAUCAAAGCUUAUUUACUGUCCCGACAUUUCUCCAAGGAGGGGCCGAAAGGUGUCUACGAGCUGGACAAAGCUCUUCUCCUUGAACUCACCAGCGAGGAUUAUAAAUACCUCAAAGACGGGAUGUGCAAGAAACAUCUGGGCAUAAUGAUCCGGAAAUACGAUUUGAUGGUGGUAUGCGACAAGGCCUUUGAAUUACCGACGCUUCAAAGCACAAUCGACAAGCAAGACAGUCUCGCGCGCCAACCCAUGCAAGAUUCAAAAGGCAUAUGGCUUAUCGAUAAGCAACGGACGACUGGCUUCGUUGUCCUCCACGAGGCCUUUCAUUGGAUCAAGGAUAGUAGGGACUGCGACAUGAGCCUGACGCUUGGGAUUGCCGAUACUUAUGCCAUUUUUGGGCAAGGCGUUACCUUGAACAAAGUGAACUGGUAUCCCAACGGGUACUUUGACAACAUAAAAUCCGGGAAAGUAUACAGGUGA